AUGGGUGUGUUUUGGACGGGCCUCAAGUACGUAUUCAGAGAUUUCUCCUGCUGGACUUCGACGCAUGGUGUUCCUCACAUCGGUAUGGCCAACAACCGUUGGCUGAGGUACUAGUUUUUGAUCCAAGAUUAAAGGUGCAUGAAGAUUUAAUCAAGAAAAAUUUUGAAAGCCCUUCCGAAUGUGGAGGAAAAAUUUCAGGUUGCUCUUUAAAUUUUUUCUGACGAAGAGCUAAGUAAAUAAAAAGAAAAAAAGACAAAAAAAUAUUCGGUGAAACAACGGAGAGAAUAACAGGAAACUUUUUAAUUCUGAGAAAUGAAAGGAAAUAUCGACUUUGUCUAUGGAGCAACUUUGCGCCUAGUACGCAGAAUGCGCGGGAAUUCAAAAACUUUUUGAAUAAAUUUCUUGACUUUUUUUUCUCUUUUUUUCAAAACUAAAUUAGGAUCGAAAUAAAAGUUUUGGUAGGCUAAAUUAUUUUAAAUUUAAAACAUUUGUUUUCAGUUCUCUAUUUGCUUUUAAAAAAAAAAAAAAUCUUAUCAGCGUGACUUAUCCUCAAUUUUACAGACUUUUUUGGAUUGUUGUGGUCGUGGGUUCUCUGGCGGCGUUCCUCUGGCAGUUCAUCAUCCUUUUGCAGAAGUACUUGUCUUUCAGCGUCAACACGGAAACAGUCGUAAGUGCAUCAUAUAAUUUGCACUAUUCUCUUCUCAAAAAUGCAUAGGCUGCUGCAUAAAAAUCUGAAAAAGUUGUCCGGAAAAUCAGAUUAUAUUUAAUUUCCUUUCUUUUAUCCUUCCCACCAGGACAGGAAGUAAGCGGGGUAUACCAUUUUAUAAAUUAGUUCCUGCCUAAUUUGCGAUUCUUUUCACAUCUCAAGAGACGUAAUUCUCACUAAACUUCUCAGGAAAUGUUUCCAGUUACAAUUCGCUGAGCGGACGUUCCCAGUGGUGACGAUUUGUCAUUUGAAUGCGUGGAAAGCAAAGGAAACCCAAGCCAUGGAUCCAAAAAUGGCUCGUUUGGUGGGUACCUUUUUCCUCAAAACUUUUCUUUUGAUAGAUUUCUCAGGAAUGAAAAAAAUCAUUUAUGGGUGUUUCUUGAAACAAAAAAAUUUGGGCUGAAGAGCAAGUCUGAGAGAUUUAUUACCAAAACGUUAUUUACAACAGGAGAAAAAGAAGUAAAAUGAAUCCCUCUUUUUACUUUAGAAAAUUUUUUGACCUUUUGGACUUCGAGGAAGAGAUUUAUGGAGCACUCGUUACGACUUGGAUCUGUUUGACCGCUCUGUGCCAUUUUGUCCUUCACUGUUAAGCAUCGCCCCAGGGCUUCCAAAUCCAUCUAAUAGCAAAAACGAACUUUUUACAAACUUAAGUGAGGAACAAGUAGGACAUCUAGAAGGAAAAACAGAAAGGAGGAAAUAGUCGUUGGUCCACUUGAAUGCGAAGCAUAAUUGCUCUUUUUCCAAGCUGGUGUGAAGUGAAAGAAUGAUUAUUUUAUGAUGUGUAUACCCGGAGGCCGGAAACCCAUGUCCAUGCAUGAGUGAACGGCACGCGGAGACCAUAUUAUCGUCCAUAUAAAACCAAAAAUAAACGGACUUUUUUUUCUUAGUCAGUCAGCUCUUUGUGUUUUGGUUAUCAUGAGCAACAGUUUGGGGAGUACGUUUUUCUCGGAAAAGAUGGUUGAAAGUACAUUCUUCUUGGGAAAAUUUUGUUGACUAGUCUAAUUGAUAGAGUUCCCACGCUGCUGCAACUGUUCGAAAGGUGUCGAGGCCAAACCAAAAGUUUACUUCAAAGGAAAAAAACUAGAUGUUGACGUUAAUUUUUAUAUUUUUCGCUUCCGUGUAGUAAAAAAAACGCUGACUGUGGGAGCUCGUUGAAGCUGAAAAUAAUCGUCAGUGAUAAAAUUUCUGAACAUGAAACUUGAAACAUUUUCCAAUAGCGAAUGACAUUCAAACUAGGAUUCUAUCGAAAAUAACAAUAAUAACCGGAAAGUUGGAACACCUCGGAGUGUACUAGAGAACGACCAUGCAACUUUUGAAAUUGCUCUUUUUGGAGAUUUAGUGAGCGAGUUGAGAACUUCAGAAUCCGUUCGAGUUAUCCAAAAGUCCUCUUACAAACUCUCAAAGAUUCUAGUAAAAUAACUUGCUCACGAAUCUCCAUAUAUAGUUUUGUGCCAUGACUUGAAAUUUCACCGAACGACAUUCCGCUGUUGCGCUGCGUCGCGAAGCGUCUUUGCGAGCCUCGGUCUCGCUUUGAAUUGGUUCUCAUUUCGGUACACAGACUGUACAAAGAAUCGAAGAGAUGCACCAUAAUUUUCCUAUUGUUCAAUUUUAGAUCCUUCAUUGGUCUUUCUGGCGAAUUUCCAGAUCUCAGCCUACAACACGAACGGCGCUUCGACAGAGUUUGGAUGGGGUGCGCGGCUGGACAGCGAGCGACAAAAACGCGCGGCUCUCUGGGCCCUGCUCUACUCGGAACGUCUUCAUCAGAGUGUCGAAAGUGUUGGUCCGACCGACUCUCCAGUUUCUCAAAAAUGCUCAUUUGCAGGGCCUACCUAUUUCAUAUUCCUAUUCGGAUAUGGUUGUCAGCUGCACCUACAACGCCAAAACAUGCAAUGAAACGUACAAAUUUCUGUGAUGUUUAUUAAUUUGUUCAUCUUCUUCCAGAAACUUCAUCUCUUUCUACAACCCAACAUACGGAACGUGUCAGCAGUUCAACUUCGGAGGCGAGUUUAUCUCAUCGCGCGCCGGGCCUCUUUACGGUCUCCGGAUGGUCCUGCGCACCGACCAGGCCGACUACCUGCCUUGGACCGAGACUUCUGGAGUCAUCAUGGUGAUUCACACCCAAGACGAAGUUCCUUAUCCUGACGUCUUUGGAUAUUUCGCUCCUCCGGGCACAGCCUCAUCCUUGGGUGAGUUGAUCAAGUCUUAUACCAAACGGAAACCUAAAGCUCAAGCUGUUUAGGUGUGAAUUACGUCUCAACGUCGCGACUAGGCAAGCCCUACGGCACUUGUACCACGCAGAAAACCCUCACCACCACUCAUUACACAGGCAACUACACUGUCAGUUUCAGAAAAAAACAUUAUUCGAUAAAAAUAUCAUUAAUUUCAAUACUAAUUAUUUCAACCAGAUGUUUUGAUAUGAUUUCUAUGCAAGAAAAAUGAUGCGAAAAAGAUUUUUUUCAACUUAGUUUUCAAAAAAAUAAAAUUUGUCAAAAUUAUUGUGAAUGCAGUUUUUCCUCGUUCAAAACUGUUUCAAUUUAUUUUUUUCUGACUGGUUGUCAUCCUUACUCAUUGCUUCUAAUAGCAGUAAAAAAAUUUUUGAAACAUUUGAAAUUUAUUUUUUUUAGUAUUUCUUGUUUUUAAAGAUAAAUGAGCAAUUUUUUUCACUUUUUUUCACUUUUUUUAAGCUUCAAAAAAAGCGUUUUGUCCCUUUAAAAUUAAUAAAAAAAUGUCGACAGUAUGUUAAUUUACGUCGGCGGAAAAUGCACAAGAAACAUCAUAUUUUACGACAUUUUUUUGUGGGCGGGGCGUAGCUUUAGAAACGCCGUAAGCUGUAGAAGAUUCUGAAUUAAGCCUAUGUUCCUUUAAAAAAUCAUUAAAAAGACUAUAAACAACGCGAAAAAAAAAUUACUUCAAAAAAUACCAAACUGUAAGCUUUCAAUCUCCAAGUCUGCGAUCUGUGUCUUUUUUCAAGUCAAACAGGUCGCAUUUUCCAGGUAGAAGCAUGCUUCCGAAGCUGCAUGCAAGAGAAGAUUGUGACGGAGUGUGGUUGCUACGAUCCGGCCUAUUCCCACGCCGAAAACUCGACGGCUUCUUGCGACACUUACGGCGAUCCCUCGACGAACUGUUGGAGGAGUCGGAGAAAUUGAUUGUCUUUCUCUAUUUCAGUGGCCUGCAUCGAUGAGAUUAACAAUCCGGACACGUCUGUCUUCAACAUAAUCAGCGAGUGCAACUGUCCACAGCCGUGCAAGUUUGCUUCUUUUCUUUUUCCUGUACGGAAAACUUUUUCUAGCGUCGACUCGUACAGCGUCACCGUUUCCACUGCUCUCUGGCCCGCAACUGGAUACACUGUACAUUUGGCCUGAAAAUUUAUUGAAAAUACUUUUUCAGCCCACUGAAUGUGGACCCGCGGCGAACACCUCGAAACCUUGGCUGGAAACUGAAGACACCUGCAUUUCUUGGUUUUUUUCUUUAGAUUAAAGUGAAUCGAUUUAAAAUUGGGGAAGUUCAUAAACUUGCAAAAAUUUUUAUCUGGUGCUGUUUUUUUAAAAAUAUCAGCAUUUAUUUAUGGUCCAUAAAUUAUGGAUUUUGAACCAAAAUACCUCGAGAGUCAAGUUUACAAAAUUUUAUUAUAUUAAAAAAAUUUAAAUUCAACUAUUUUUCAAGUCGUUACCGAUAUAUAGUUGAAAAAUUUCAAAAAAAUCGAAAAUCAUAAAAGAAAAAUUUUUCAGGUACCAGAAAAACACGCUCCUUAUUGAAAUUUACUACGAACGAAUGAACUAUCAAGUCUUGACCGAAUCUCCUGCUUAUACAGUUUGACAUAUAGCGAAAAUUUGAAAAAAUAAUUUUCUUCAGCUCGUCAACUUCAUCUCGGACAUUGGAGGUCAGGUCGGUCUCUUCUUGGGCAUGAGCAUUAUCUCGGUCAUCGAGUUCCUCACACUCUUCUUCUUGCUCGGUUUCUACUGCGCCACCCACAAGAGUCGUCGGAUGCAGAUCGAGGAGCUGGAGGUGGACAUCAACAAAGCCAAGGUUCCUUAUCACUUUUUCUUCGGAACAGCCCAGACAAAUUAAAGGACCACGCGGAUUCUGUAGCGGCCAAGGCGCGGAAACAUGAGCUGGACAACCACGCCUUCUACUCCGAUGCAGGCGACCCCGUUCCGCCCCGACCCGCUGACGCUCCUUGA